AUGGCAACUCCGAGUCACAUCCUCAGCUCAGCACUCGUCCCUCCUCUUCAUCGUCCUUACACUGCCAAUUCCUUUUCUCCUACUUCUCCUCUCCCUCGAUUUUGUUCAUCACGGAAACCAUCAUCAUCGGUAACAGUGGCUAAAUCCCAGAUGAUGGACCCUCAAACAAAGUUCACGGAUUUCCCUCAUGCAUCCGCCCCAGUUAAGGAGCUGAUGCUGGACUUGAUGAAUUCAGUGGAAACCCGUAUUGGGUCUUCCCUUCUUCCCUGUUCUCUUCCCCCUGAUGUGCAGUUCUACGAGAACUCAACCGGGACGGCUCAAGGCACCCUUCUUGUCAGAUCCGGCAUCCCCUCUUCCCCUGUUGAUUUUAUCUUAGGAAGCUGGGUUCACUGUAAGCUGCCGUCUGGAGAAGCCUUAAACAUUACUAGCCUUUCAACCUACAUGAAGCCAUUAACUGAUGCCCCAAACUUCAUUGUUGAGAUCAUACAGGGUAGUCCAACAUCUCUAGUUGUAAUUCUUGAUAUGCCCCCAAGAAAGGAUCUUGUCUUACAUCCUGAGUACUUGAAAACGUUUUACGAAGACACUCAGUUGGACAUGCACAGGCAACUUCUCGAAAAGCUGCCUGAAGUGACACCAUAUAUCACCCCUUCACUAUACAUUCGAGCUCUUGUCUCCCCAUCUGCAAUUCUCGUGCGCAUAGCAGAAGGUGACAAAACUGCUAAAAUAGAAGAGAUAAUUCAAGAUCAAUUGAGGCCUAUAUCCAAUGAGAUUAUGAAGGUCUGGUUGGAUACAUGUGCUUCUGGUGGAAGACCAGUGGAAAAGGAUGAGAUGGCUUGUUUGGCAAAGAGGGACCAAGUUACUAGAAGUAAGUCUAUUGAGAUUGAUCUCGGCACAAGCCUUCCUCGAUUGUUUGGAGAAGAAGUAGCGGGACGAGUUCUACAAGCAUUAGAGGGAACUUUUAAUGCUUGA